GCAAUGUCACUUUCCGUGACAGGAAGACUGUCGUGUUUCAAAAUAAAUACUUUUUGUUGAAAUACAUGGAAGCGUGAAAUUACCUAGCCUUAUCUCCAUAAUAUUAAUUGAUUUGACCUAUGCAGAAGAUGAGCGAUAUUAUUUGACCCAAAUCGGGCUCACAACAAUUGGGUAUUAACUAGGCAGAAGUCUGGUUCCUCGUUCCUUGUGAUAUCAUAACUAUAAAUAACUUCAUUGAUUGAGAUUGAUAUAGAAAUCACACCUGAUUUUGUUAUUACACGGAAGUGAAUGCUUUUGAGAUUCAGGAAAAAAGCCGAACGAAAUGGUUUUUGAGAGUGUUUUAGUUCAAGUUUUGAACAGUGUUCUUGGGGAUUAUGUUGAGAACUUGGAUACAAAUCAAUUGAAUGUAGGAAUAUGGGGAGGGGAUGUUUUACUCAAAAAUCUACAGCUGAAGCAGUCAGCUUUGAACAAUUUAGAUUUACCUAUACAAACAAUCUAUGGCAAAAUAGGAAAACUUGUUCUUAAAAUACCAUGGAAAAAUUUAUAUGGUGCUGCUUUUGUCAUCAAUGUAGAAGAUAUUUAUCUGCUUGCUGCGCCUAACAAACAAACCAAAUAUGAUCCUGAAAAAGAGAAGGCUAAAGCGCUUGAAGCUAAGAAAGUACUGAUCAAAAAUGUGGAGUUGGCAAAGAAAAUGGAACAAGAAAAGGAAAAAGUUCAGAAGGCAGAUUACACUUUUGUGGAAAAACUGAUCACACAGAUUAUUAAGAAUUUGCAACUCAAUAUAAAAAAUAUUCAUAUUCGAUAUGAAGAUAAAAUUACAAAUCCUGAGUCGCCAUUCGCUCUGGGUGUGACUCUUGGGGAACUGAAUGUUCUGAGUACUGACGAAACUUGGGAACCGAAAAUAACACAAGAAAAUAUAACGAAAAUAUUCAAGAUUGUUUCACUGGAUUCCUUGGCGGUCUAUUGGAAUUGUGGAACAGAAACUUAUUCUGAUAAAUCUGUCAUCAAUAUGGUUGACAGUUUGACUAAGGGAAUCGCAACUAAUAAUACCGAAUCCACUCCUACAGGAUUUCAUUAUAUUCUGGGUCCAAUAAAUGCCUCAGCAAGGUUGAAAUUGAAUCAGAAACCAGAACAAGACGAACCAGCUUACAGUAUUCCAAAGAUUCAUCUUAACCUAGAUCUCAAGAAACUUUAUGUAGGUCUCAGUAAAAAACAGUACAAGGAUAUAAUCGCUUUAACAAAUGCUAUGGAUAGAAUGAUUAAAGCCGAUCCAUUCAGAAAAUACAGACCUGAUCUUCCUGGCUACCAGGGACACUACCGAGAGUGGUGGCAAUUUGCGUACAAAUGUGUGCUCGAGAGUGAAGUCAGAAGAAGGAGAAAUAAUUGGGAUUGGAACCACAUUUGUGCUCACAGAAAUUUGUGCAAGGCUUACCAGCAAAAAUACCAUGACAAAAUUAUUGGUGGUACAGCAAACAAUGCAGCAGAUCCUGAAAUGGACGAGAUGGAAGAAAAAUUGGAUAUAUUUAACAUUGUUGUAAUUCGUCAAAGGGUGGAACUUGAAGCUGAAAGAUUGAGAAAAUUGGAGGCCGCUAAACCUAAGAAAGGUUGGUUUGGUUGGAUGUGGGGAAGUGGUCAAGAACAGAGCGAUACUCAAGACGACGAAGAAAACGACGAAGACUUGAGUUCAGAAGAGAAAAAGAAGCUCUACAAAGCAAUUGGCUACCAGGCUGGCGCUCCACCCCCUAUUUACCCUGAGACCUAUGUUGACAUGACUGCAACAUUUUUACUAAGAACUUUGGAGGUCGAACUCAAGGAUGAGGAAAUGGAAUCAAAAACUGCAUUAUUUACAGAACUGAAAGGGGUUAAAUGCAGAUAUGACAGCAGAGCUGCUGCACAAGCCAUGAAGGUACAUGUAAAAAUUGAUGAGUUUACUAGUUAUGGAUUAGAACAGGAUGAUUUUAUUCCAAGCCUCAUCACAUCUGAAACAGGUGGUGGAGACAGUGCUCUCUUGGAGGCCACAUUUGAAACAAAUCCAUUGGAUAAGAGAUGUGAUCAAAGGCUGAAUCUGACAGCACAACCAAUAACCAUAAUUUAUGAUGCUGUUACAAUAAACAAAAUAAUAGAAAUAUUCCGUGUUGACAAUGAUAAUGAUUUGGAACAAAUUCAAGCUGCAGCAGCCGAAGGAGUUCUGAACUUUAAAGAAAAGUCGGCUGUAGGACUCCAAUAUGCUAUAGAACAGCACAAUUUGUUGGAUCUGAAAAUAGAUCUUCAGGCUCCGAUAAUUCUUAUACCUUAUGGUGGAAAAUAUACCUCCUGCGAAAAUGUUGUUGUAGUCAAUCUGGGUAAUUUGAAAAUGUACUCUAUAGAUCGACCACCCUCGUCGAUAAACAUACGAAAAAUGUUGGCUCAAGGCAAAGAACAGUCCGAAAUCUUGAAAGAAAUGAUCGAUCAGAGCUACGAUCAGUUUUGCUUGGAGUUCACUAAACUUCAGAUCCUUUUGUCUCAGGGCGACGAAGACUGGAAAUCAUGCUUGAAAGAGUCCAAAAAAUCUGAUAUGCAUGUGUUGGUGCCAGUUAGUUUGAAUUUGAUGUUCCAUAAGUGCCUCAUUACUGAUGAUCCACGUCUUCCCUUGACUAAAAUUAAAGGGGAACUUCCUUCUAUUAACGUAACAAUGUCGGAUGCAAAAAUACUCCUUCUUUAUUCUCUCAUCAAUAGUAUACCAUUUCCAUCAUCUCCAAGUACUAGCGAAGUGGAAAUACCAGUUAAUAUUCAACGUUCCUCUAGCCGUGGAAGUAUUUUCAAAACCUUGAUGACCGCCCCAGAAAACCCUUCGCCUCAUAAGAAAGCAAGUAUUCAUAGCGAGGCUAGUGCUGAUGAACUGACUCAUCACCUGAUUAGUCUGGAUGUUAAUUUUGUUAUGAAAGAACUGAAACUCACCUUAGGACAUCAAGAAGAUUCUUCAUCUCCUAUGGUGAACAUCGCAACAAUUUUAGCUCAGAACCUAAAAUUCGAUUUAACUCAAAAGAAGUACAGCCUCUCAGUGGGUGUCAGUUUAGCGGCUAUUGAAUUUAAACAAUUCCGGUCGAACAGUGUUAUAGACAUAAUUUCAGUGCCUAAUGUAGGCAAGGAAGAUCUCAUCAGCUUGGUAUAUUUGCAGGUAGAUGAAAAAGCUCCCGACUUCCAUACUGUUUACAACUCCUGUAAAAUAAAAUUGACAGCUGAAGUUUCUGUUCUCAAUGUCAACCUUCAUCAGGAAGGGCUUCUCUCGCUGAUUCAGUUCCAAACUCAACUUCAGAAUGAUUUAGAGGAUUCGCAAACGCAAGAAGCCCAACCUACACAUUCUUCUAUGUCUAAUUUGAAAAGAACUAUCUCAAUGAUGAGUAGCCUAUCUCAUAUUUCUCAGACCAUGGCCGAAAUUGGAGAUGCUAUGGGUAUUAGACCAGAUCUAUCACGUGCUGGUACCAAAAAUGAAGUCAUCAAUACUAAGCUGCGUUUCAAAUUCAAGGAACUCCAAGUAUUAAUAUCAACGGAAAAAUUCAGAAUAUCUGAAGUUGCAAUAAAGGGUAUAGCAGCCGAAAUUAUUAUGCAAGAUUCUAAAACAACAGUAUUAACAAACUUACAUGACCUCCGAGUAUGGGAUCUCAAUCCAGGCACCAUUCACAAAGAGGUUUUAUCUGUAGUAGGAAAAGAAACCUUAAAUGCGAAAAUUGUAAUGAAUAAUAUUGAGAGCACAGCCCCAGAUAGUCCUGAUAUCAUAGUUGAUGCCAGCAUGGGAGGUCUGAAGAUUUAUUUCCUCAACUGGUUCGUUACAAACAUACUGAAUUUCGUGAACAACUUCCAAGCAGCCAAAGAAGCAAUUAUAGAAGCUUCAGCAAAUGCAGCUGAAGCUGCUAAGCAGACUGCUCAAGAGGCUUAUGAAAAAGCUACGAAAAUAUCCCUGAAUAUCAAUAUAAAAGCACCGGAUAUCAUCGUUCCUAUAAACUCGAAAUGUUUAGAUGGAAUAGCUCUAGAUCUUGGACACAUAACUAUUACUAAUAGGUUCAACACCUUAGACACCGGCGAUAAAAAAGGACACGGCCCAGUAAUUGUUGACAGGUUACGGGUUACCUUAUCUGAUUUGAAGUUAUCAAAAGUAAAAAUGGACGACAAGCAUAAUAUAAUUGAAGAAACCAUUAUUUUGGAACCCCUGUCUUCGAAAUUGAUAAUCAAAAGAAAUUUAUCUGCAUCAUGGUACAAGGUGAUUCCAGAUAUUGACAUGUCUGGAAAUAUUAAUGAAAUUAAGGUUAGAUUCAGUCACCUCGACAUGGCUACAGUUACUAGUACACUUAAUGGUAAUUUAGCUGAAGGUACGGAAGAACAUGCCAUGGCCUUGAAAAGAAGCGCAUCAGUUACAAGUUUCCGUAACAGGGAUGUUAUUAUCAGUUUAGAUAAUGAAACCGUUGACUCGAUUGCGCAAGAGGGUGAAGAAAAGGAUGCCGUCCAUACGACAAUAAGAUUCACACUCACUAUGGAGAAACUUGAAUUGAACUUAUUCACAGCGCCAACGGAAUCUAAAAUCAAUUUGAAAGUCGAGCCCACAUACCAUCUUGCAAGGUUUUCUCUGGAAGGAUUAUCUUGCAAAGGACGACAGCUAUCUGACACUACCUUCAGUACGUCUAUUCUUCUGUUAAAUUGUACCCUAGAUGAUAUGAGACCAGGAAGAGACCAGUUGAUAAGGCGUCUUAUAGAAAGAAGGUGCGAUGUCAAAGAUGAAACUGUUGGAAAGGAAGAUAACAAAAUAAGAAGUAUGCUCGACAUAACGUACCAACAGAAGAAAAACGAAAUGUUCGCUGACGUAAGAGUUUACAGUUUCACCUUCAUUCUAUCCGUUGAGUAUAUGAUGAAGCUAAUGGAUUUCUUCAAUACGACGUUUGAAACCGACAAAGCAACAGCAGAUGCUUCCCAAAUUUCAGCUAAGCAAACUCCCUCCAGUAAAUCCGUGCAAAACAAGACUGCUGCGACUUCCACUCAGAGCACAGUUAGGAUGACAGUAAAUUUGAAAAUAGAAAAACCUGAUAUAAUUCUUGUGGAACAUAUGGAUAACAUCGAUACCAGUGCUAUAAUUUUACAUAGCGAAGUUCAAAUAAAAUAUCGUAGCCAAGGUAUGCAUCAAGUGAUCAAUGGUACAGUUAUGGAGUUCCAAUUGAUAACAUGCAAUUACAAUCCACUGAAGAGAAAUGAUACAAUGAGUAAUAUUCUGUUCCCAAUAACUAUCAGUAUAGCCGGAUCUACACCCCAAGAUAAAGGAUUACAUGUAGAGCUUCUAUUCACCGAUAUUAGAUUCUGCCUUUCUCCCUCAACGAUCGGCCUACUUAGUAACAUAUCUGCGAAAUUUAGCGCAACAAAUGUCACAUCUAAUAUUGAGGAAGAAGAUGCAUUCACAUUUUCUGAACUUUGGCAUCCCAAACCUUAUUCUGAUGACGACUAUUGGUAUUUGAGAACAGAUGCUGGUAUUGAUGUAGUCGAAGAAAUUAAUUCAAAACAAGCAGACGUGUCAUUAGAAGUGAAUAACUUCCUAGAAGAGCUAUGCAUUAUCAAUAUGCCUGUCAUUAUAUUAACUUUAGAAGCUGGCGAAGGACAGAAAACAUUACCCAUGUUGCUUUUGGAAAGUAAGUUUCAUGGUAAUGUGAGAAAUUGGAGCUCCCAGUUGAAUAUUGAUGCAUCCCUCAAUAUGAUGAUGGGGUACUACAACAGUUUUCUUGCUCUUUGGGAACCUCUUAUAGAACCUGUGCAAACCAAGAAAGCCGGAAAAAUUAGCCUGAUGCCUUGGGAGCUCACACUGGAGAUGGCCAUAAAUAACCCUGAAGAUCAGUCGAUAAUGAGUCCUGUAGAAUCUGAUAUGACCAGUAUUUCUCUUCAGCCCGUCACUAGCAUAGAUGUGAUCUCCAAAACUACCUUAGAGCUCACUAUGACAAAAACUUGUCUACAUGUGCUGACAAGUUUGGGUGGAUCUUUCUCCUCUGCAAUGGAAAAGAGGGAUUUUGUUCCUGUUAAAAAACAAUCGUCGCAUAAAUUCAUCAACGAAAUAGGUAGUCCUGUGACACUUAUGCUGCAGCAAGGCCCAUUCAAGAUCACUGGUACGGACUUUGGUGUAGAACCCAAUGAGGUUAUCUUGGAGACAGGGGCCGAGGUGCAUCUCGAAUUGAAACAAUCUCAGAAGGAAUACAUUAAGCUCAGCGAUGUAUUGAUAACACAAAGUUAUUCAGUGAAAUCUAGAUAUUUGAGUGUUAAGGUAAACGAGAUGAAUUGCACUUUGGAAUUACCUGUAGCAAGAGCAGACACAAGAUACUUUACACUCAAAUAUAGAAGCUCGAAUAAUCAGUCUUAUGGUGUUAUUUCUGAAUCUCAAAUGGUUGAUGGAAUCAUGACAAUAACUCUUAGGAGUAUUUUACAGGUUCACAACCAUUUCCAUGUUCCCAUAGAAAUCUACAUUCUCACUUCAAGUGGCAACGAAAUAAAGAGAAUAGCGAUUGUACAACCUUAUAAAUUGGUUAAUAUUCCUUUAUCUGGUGUUUAUACUCCCACAGAAGAGCUUUUCUUCGCAGUAGAAGGCUAUUCUAUUACGUCAGUGCCUUUUGUAUGGAAGGAGUUACAGUCGAACCUCACUUCGUCUAAAUUACUUCAGUGUCGCCCUAAGGAUGUAUCUCAAGGCACGGAACCUUUCACCAUUCGAGUGAUAGGAAAAAUGCUCCAAGUAUUUCACGAGAAUACACUAAGACAUACAAUGGCCAGUACUUGCUAUAGUGUCCAUUUGAGACCUUCAGUCUCAUUAAAAAAUUAUUUACCUAUACCAAUAGUCUGUUGUGUCGAAAAUGUAGUAGAUGAAAUUUCAAUCAAUCCUGGCGACACCUUGCAGUUACCGAAUUGUAGUCCUGGGCAGUCUGUAGCAGUGAUCAGGUUGGAUAAUUAUCUGGAUAAGGAAUGGAGUUGUAGGCAGGAAAUUCUUGAAGAAAUGGAUGAAUUCAGCGUCUGGACAUUCAAUAGUUAUGAUAGCACUUCCAAAGUAUCUUUGAAUUUAGGUAUUCAUAGGAAAACUAGACACGAAACUCUUGAACUCGAACUUUAUUGUCCAUUCUGGAUGUUGAACAAGUCAGGAUUGCUGCUUUCAUACAAGAGCUCCGAUGAUAUAACCAGUAUCAUACAUCACCCUCCUGAGUAUCAAAAACCAAUACUGUUCUCUUUCAAUGCUAAAAGUUUCUUUUCGAAGAAGAAAGCUUCAGUUCGUGUUCGGGACGGAGUAUGGUCCGACAAGUUCUCCCUUGACGUUGCAGGAUCAUCAGGUGUUUUAGUUUGUAAAACUGAUGAUCAGAUAUACCAGGUUGGAGUUACAAAUCAGUUAACAAACAAUGGCCUAACGAAACAAGUUACCUUCACUCCAUACUACGUGAUAAUAAAUAACACGUCAUUCGCAAUGGAAUUCCAAGAAAGUAUACGCCCUGCCGAUCAUUGGUUAAAGGUGGAACCUGAAUCAUGUGUAUCCUUAUGGCCAAUUAGCGAAUAUGAUGAUAAGCUCUUGAGGCUUAGAAUAUGCGGAACUGACGAAAUAUCACAACCGUUCUUGUACACCGAAAGUCAUACCACCUUGCUCAGAUUGGAUAACAAGUACGGUGGUGUGAACGUAGAUAUACAAAUCACAGAAGGAGGCAUUUACAUCAGCCUAGCUUCUUACGGACUUGGUAUGGCGCCUGCUCUGAUUGUCAACCAUACUAGGGAUGACAUGAAUUUCUGGGAGAAGCAAUCCGCCAAGAUAAGCAAAUUGAAGAAGAAACACUCAAUGCUAUACACAUGGGAAAACCCAUCUGGUCCUCGAAUUCUAGUCUGGGAAGGUGGCAAUAAAGCCGAAAUAGAAAACGACUUGAGGAAAGACGAGAUAGGAGAAUAUACUGUCGGUACAAAAAGUAGCAGUUAUAAAAUUUUCUGGGUUUCGUUCUUAGACGGUAUGCAGAGAGUUCUUCUUUUCACCGAGGAUAGUUACAUAGCUGAAAAUGUACAAUCGGCUAAACACUUUGAAACCAUUGAUCAAGAACUGACUGUGUCACUCCACGGUCUCGGGCUUUCAUUAAUCGAUAACAUAUCGAAGAGGGAUGUUAUGUAUAUGGGAAUAACUAGUUCAGGUGUAAUCUGGGAAGUUUGUAAACUGAAUUCCAAGAGAUUCAAACAUAUGACAACAAAAGAAAGCGCCAUGAUCGAAGCCGCCUAUCAAGAUUAUCUUCUCAAUCCAGAGGCUAGAAAAGGCAUCGUAAAUGUGGGUGGUAAGAUGGAAGUAGAUUUUGCGCUUGGUCAGAUGUUUAAGCCUAACAAAAGGAAGAUAAAGAGGAGUUUUCAGACUGCAGUAUGGUUCCAACAGAAGAGUAGUAGCAGUCAGUUGCAGCUUCAUGCCAAGUUGAAUCAUUUACAGAUUGAUAAUCAGUUGCCGAAUAGCCUGUUCCCUGUUGUUUUAGCCACCGUAAAUCCACCAAAAAGCUUAGCUUUAAAUACAGGAAUCAGACCCUUCGCAGAAAUGAGUAUAGUCCAAUUAUUCAUCAAGAACAGUCAGGUUAAACAGUUCAAAUAUUUCAAGGUUCUCAUCCAAGAGUUCCAUGUUAAGGUAGAAAUGGGUUUCGUCAACGCAAUGCUGAGUAUCGUUGCAGCUAAGGAAUAUACUGAACAGGAAGAAAAAGAAUAUUUCGAUAAGGAUAUGGAAGUGGCUGAUGAACAGCUUUAUACUCAUGUUUCUACACAAGCCCAGCAGGAACAGAAGAGUUUUUACGAUGUACUGCAUUUUUCACCCUUGAAAAUACAUGUGAGUUUUUCAAUGGGUGCUGGCGCUGGAGAAUCAACCGAAACCUCUAAUUUCCUUAAUGUCAUUUUGAGCAGUGUUGGAGUCACAGUCACUGAUAUGCAAGAUGUGAUAUUCAAGCUGGCGUUUUUCGAGAGAGAAUACACUUUUUUAACUCAAAAGCAACUUGUAAACGAAGCAUCAAAACAUUAUAUAGGCCAGUUGUUGAAGCAGCUGUAUGUUCUAGUACUUGGCUUAGAUGUACUUGGAAAUCCUUAUGGUCUUGUAUUAGGAAUAACCAAAGGUGUUGAGGAUUUGUUUUAUGAGCCAUUUCAGGGAGCAAUUCAAGGGCCUGGGGAGUUUGCAGAAGGAAUAGCUCUUGGUGUGAGAAGUUUGUUUGGGCAUACCGUAGGUGGUGCUGCUGGCGCAGUUUCUAGAAUCACGGGCGCGAUGGGCAAAGGCGUUGCUGCGCUUACGUUUGAUGAUGACUAUCAGAGGAAAAGAAGGGACCAAAUCAGUAAAAAGCCAACAAGUAUUCAGGAAGGAUUCGCUAGGGGAGGGAAAGGUUUGGUGAUGGGUGUCUUCGAUGGUGUCACAGGUGUAGUAACGAAACCAAUUUCCGGUGCAAUGGAGGAUGGUGUUGGGGGCUUUUUCAAAGGCCUCGGUAAGGGUGCUGUUGGGUUGAUAGCCAGGCCAACUUCUGGUGUCAUUGACUUUGCCAGUGGUUCCUUAGAUGCAGUUAAAAGAGCAGCUGACUUGGGAGAAGAAGCAACGCGGCUUAGGCCCCCAAGAUUUAUUCAAGCAGAUGGUUUGAUCAAACCUUACAAUAAACAAGAAGCUGAAGGUUACAAACUUUUAAUAGAUUUGGAUAAAGGAAAAUUUGCUAAGACGGACAUAUACGUCUUCCAUCAUUACGUGGACAAAAAGGAAGUAUUGUUGCUGACUGAUCAGAGGUUGGCCUAUAUUACACAUAAUGAAAUCUUUGGAGGAUGGCAGAUGGAUUGGUCCUUCACUUGGCCUGAGCUGACUCAUCCCGCGAGAGUAGUUGCGAAAGGAGUUAUGGUUCCCAUAACAGAAAAGAAGAAGAAGUUGGGGAUGUUUGGAUCUAGUGAAAAUGGCAAAAUUAUACUGAUAGAAAAUCCACACCUUAAAGAAGUAGUUUGUCAGAAAAUCGAAUCGUUGAGAGGAAACGUUUAGAUUAUAUAUCCAUUAAAAUGUAUGAAUUACCUCAUCACAAAGUAUCGAUGUUAUUUUUAUAUAAUUCGCCAUUUCUUUUAUUUUUAAUUCUAUUCAAUUGUUUACGCUUUUUGAAAAAUAUAUGAAUAUAUGAGGA